AAUCGGUGAUAGCCGGAUGAAAGUGAAAUUCAAUUUAAAAAUAUUUGAGAUAAACGGUAUGCAAAUAAAAAACUGAUCUCUUACUAUGAGUUUGUUAAUAUUUCGCGGAGAAUGACCCGAUGUUCUUUUUGUAAUCUGACUGUAUACAAACUGAUGUCUGGUAAACAAUCAGACAUUAGUGGAAGUAGUAGGCAUUUUCUACUUAGUUAAUAAGAAUAAUGGAUAGUGCUGUAAAUCAAUCGCUGCUACGAGAAUUCAGCCCAGCUAACACUACAAACUUAAGACGAUUGGGAAAGAAGAGGCUGCCGAUUUUGAAAUGGCUGCCGUCUUAUGAUUUCGAAACCUUUUCACAAGAUCUCUUAGCUGGUUUUACAGUUGGACUAACUGAAAUACCGCAGGGUAUUGCCUACGCCAUUGUAGCAGGUCUUCCUUCUCAAUAUGGACUGUACGCGGGUUUUAUGGGUUGUUUCAUGUAUUUCUUCCUGGGAAGUUGCAAAGAUAUUAAUAUUGGGCCGACAGCUAUUAUGGCCCUUAUGAUUCAACCCUAUGUGGCUGUGAUGGGUCCAAACGGAGGCGUUUUAAUAACAUUCCUGUCUGGCUGUAUUAUAUUUUUAUGUGGUUUAUUUAAUUUAGGUUUUAUUGUAGAAUUUUUCUCAUAUCCAGUGAUAGCAGGCUUUACAACUGCGGCAGCUUUAAAUAUUGGCUCAUCUCAAGUGAAAUCCCUUUUGGGUAUUCCCGGUAAAUCCGAUAAUUUUUUACAAGCUUGGAUUUCAGUGUUCCACGAGAUUAAGAAGAUUAGUUUACCAGAUAGCUUGCUGGGGCUCGUCACCAUAGUGUUUUUAGUCACAGCUAAGGAAACAAGACGAUUUGGUACAUUAAAAAAGCGCCCUGAUUGGACUAGGAAGAGAAACGUACUGGGAAUAUGCAUUUUUAUGUUUUCGUUGGCCAGUAAUGCCAUUAUCGUCUUAAUUAGUAGUAUUGUAGCUUUUGUAUGUAAACAGAAUGGGGAUACUCCUUUUAAAUUAACUGGAAAUGUCGAAGGUGGUUUACCACCUUUUCAACUUCCCCCAUUUUCUGCUACUUUAAACGGUACAGACUUUAAUUUCCAAGAAAUGAUAAGCGAGUACGGUACCGUAGUAAUAUUUUGUCCAUUGAUAGCAGUAUUAGAACAUAUUGCCAUUGGAAAAGCUUUUUCCAAAGGAAGAACAUUAGACGCAACGCAAGAAAUGUUAGCAUUAGGAGUUUGUAAUAUUAUGGGUUCAUUUGUCCAAUCCAUGCCCGUUACUGGUUCUUUUACAAGGACUGCUGUAAAUAAUGCAUCAGGGGCUAAAACACCAACAUGUGGCAUAAUUACUGGUAUAAUGGUGCUGCUAGCUUUGGGAUUUUUAACUUCAACCUUUCAAUACAUUCCAAAAACUACUCUAGCCGGUGUGAUAAUAGUUGCUAUGUACUACUUAUGUGAUUUCGAUGCUUUCAGAGUACUUUGGAAGACCAAAAAAUUGGAUUUAAUCCCUCUUACAAUAACUUUAUCAUUCUGCUUGCUUCUCAAUCUCGAAUAUGGAAUAUUGAUUGGAAUAGCGGUAAAUAUUGUGUAUGUACUCUACUCUUCUGCUCGACCAAAAAUCGAAAUAGAAGAAGUUAAUACCAGUUUUUACCUAGUAAAAUUCAAGACUGGCUUACAUUAUACCGCUUCGGAGUUUUUGCGAGAGCAUAUAUUACAAAAUUGCACUGCAGCUAAGAGUACUGUCAUCAUAGAUGGUGAAUAUAUUGGAAAUAUAGACGCUACGGUUGCCAAGAGUUUUCAUGUGCUGCGGGACGAGCUCAAUCUUAGAGACCAAAAAUUGAUAUUCUGGAAUUUCAAGAAAUCUGUGAUGAAUACUUGUUUAGGAGUAAAUGAGAAUCUCAAAGAUAAUUUUAGGGAAGAUAAAUUGGAUCAAAUAAUUGUUUCCUGAUUGGAGGAAUCACCAUUGUUUUUAAAUAAUAAUACGUUAUUUGUCCUUUAAGAUCUUGCUACAUGGUAUACGAUGUCGUAUAAAUAAAAAAAUAAUAGAGUAAAUCAAAAAUUUAUAUCUAAAACAUAGAUAUACGUCAUAAACCUAAAAAAAAACACAAUUAGAAGAACAUUUACCUCAACAGUAAAAAAAAAAUUGUAAAAAAAAAUUAAAUAAUUUAAGUUUUCAUUUAAAAAAAAUGCGAUUCCACUAAUCAUUUUCUGUAUACAGUACAGCAAAGGUUUUCCUAACAAGUAUUAUCAGAGCAUGUAGCCUGAUCGUAUCAAUCAAAACAAAAUUAUCGAGAUUGAUAGUAUCGUCAUGUCAUAUACAUUAUUUUUAUAUUGUACAUAG